AUGGCCAACGAGCCUUGUGUAGCUACUUUUUUGUUGGAAAACCAACAGAAUUGGGAUUCGCGCUAUUUCGAGACUGGUCGACCCACGGCCAAUCGACCGCCCUUUCCUGAUUCUCAGUUCUUUGCUAUUGAUACUGGUAGGCUUUUAAUUAGGUUGUUCAAAUAAUUCUGUGCUCUCUAACUGGUUUGGGGCCUACCAGGUUUAUAUAUAAAUGAUAUGUGUUAUAAUUGUUAUAUUAGGUUGUUAAAAUAAUUCUGUGCUCUCUAUCCUCGAAAAUUUGCUUGGAGAGGGGGCACAGAACUAUUUGAACAAGCCAUUACUUUGAAACUUUUUUACUUUGACAAAAUUUCAAAAUAUAAUUUAAAUUUGUUUCAGGUAACCCCCAUCCCAAGUAUGUCAGAUCCUCUAUGUAUCGUAUCCCUCGCUGUGGCCGUUCCUUCAAAGACCUGAACUAUCCUUUAUCAAUGAUGGUGACUCCAUUUCCAGUACUAAACCAACAAGAAAUGACAAUAGAAGCCAUGCUUCAACAGCCAGACAACCCACCGUGCUGUUCUCAAUGUUCGGCCGCGAUGAAUGGCUAUAACUUGUUCGAACCCAGUGGAUUACACUUUGAAUGUUGCUUUUGUGGGUAGGUACAUCUAUUUAUAGUGUUAUGUAAGCAAAACUUUAUCAUGUUUUGUUCCUUUCCAGUUUUAAAAACCAAGUUCCACAACAAUAUUUUGGCUUUGUAAACCAAAAUAGUAUCCGAAUGGACAGGGAUUGUCAUUUGGAAAUGCAUCGUGGGAUCUAUGAUCUUCAUUUGGGGAAUGGAUGUGAUCAGAAGACACCAUUGUACAUAUUCAUGGUUGAUAUUACUGGCGCUUCCAAGGAUUGUGAUCUUUUUCCUGUGAGUUUUGACUUUUUUUUGAGGUUUUCAUUGAAAAUAAUUUAAAAAAUGGCUUGUUUUGGUGAUAGAAAACUGCUUAUUGUUUAAAAAAUUAAUUUUAAAAUUGAUCUGAUGUUUCUUUAUGGCAUAGUAUACGUCUUUUGUUUGUUAUCAGUAGUAAAAAGUGCAAAAAUGUACCAAGCCACCUAGGGGGAUCGAACCCCUGACCGUUGGAUUAAAAGUCCAACGCUCUACCGCUGAGCUAAGGAGGCCUUGUUCUUGCGUUUCUUGAAAUCACUUGUUGUUCAUAAAAGGCGCUAUGUGGAAGUUAAAAAUAUACUGUUUAUUAUUUUUUUACAAUAUUAUACUGUAAUUAUUAUUGUAAAAUACGGGAAAAGUUAUAAUAGAAUCUUUUUCUGUAAAAUAUAUAUAAAAAUUGAAAAAAAACGGACUUCCUAUGUUAUUUUAGACCAUUUUGUCCUCAUUACCAUCUCAUUUGAAGCUGAUUUCGAAUCCAGAUAACUGUCCACAGCCACGGGUAGCAUUGAUUUUGUUCGAUGAAUACCUACACUUUUUGGACAUGAGGUCAAGUCGGCCAACAUUGUGCUCGAUAGUUGACUUUGAUGACAUUUUUAUACCUUUUCUGGAUGGAAUCACUUCAACGCCUCAGGAAAUGAUCGAAUCUCUACAGAGGUGAGUAUUGAUCUAAGAAAAUCAUUUUAAAAACCUGUAGGCCAUAAGAAUUGAACUUUUUUAAAUAACGUGCUAAUUGGGUAUUUCAGGAUGAAACCACCGUUAGAAUCCAGAAUUCACCCUCCACCAGAUAGACCUUCGAUAUUAGGACCUGCCCUAGAGUUUGGUUUGAAAAUAUUUGAAGAAUCUGGUCGAUGUGGCAAGGUUUUACUGUUUUUAUCGAAACGACCUACCAAGAAUGUUCAGGGCAACAUAAUCGAACGGAAUCAGUAUGGUGCUGAGUCUGAGUGGGUUCAGAAUAAGGUAAACAAUCAUUUUUUGAAGAUUUUAAUUUACAAUUCUUGAUAUUUUAUGUAGUCAUUUUUAUUGAUUUUUUUAUUUUUAAUGUUUUUGAGGCAUUUUUUGGUAAUUUGGUCCUAAUUUUAAAGUUUUUAGUCCCAAUUAGAGCCAGUAACACAGUACUAUCCUUUGACUGCCAAAACCUUUUUGGAAAAGGGCGUGGGGAUCGAUUUGUUUAGUUGUUCACGAACAGAAAUCGACUUGGCUACAGUAGGACAACUUUCAACAGUAACCGGUGGCAAUAUUUAUUGGUACGAGGACUUUUUGGUAAGAUAAUAUUUAACUAUGCACUGUUUGGUUAUUUGUUAUAGUUUUUUAAAAAUACUUUGUACUAAACAUUGUAAGUUAUAUUCGAAAGAAUUAAUGGAUCUAAAAAUUAUUAUUAGGUUGUUCAAAUAAUUGUGUGCUCCCUCUUCAAAGCAAAUUUUUGAGGCUGGGGGCACAGAAUUAUUUGAAAAAUUUAAUAUAAAAUUUGUAGGCAGAAUACGACGGAAAAGCCUUACAAGAUGACAUACAGUUCGUUCUACGAAAGUCAUGUGGAUUCAACACGAUAUUGGAGUUCAGGACUCACAAAUGUACGGUCAACUUUUUAAGUUUUUUAUAUUCAAAAAAGAUAUUUUUGAAGUUUAAUAACUUUUUUAAUAACAUUUUUGAUCUAAAAACCUAAUCUUCAGCGAUGAAAAUCCUCGGAGUAUAUGGAGCCCAACCAGAAAAAUCUACGAAGAAGCUAUCACCAGAUGUCCAGUCAGAGACUGUAAGGUUAGCAUGCGUAAACCCGGACAGUACUCUGCAGUAUGACAUGGAUAUAGACCCGAAGACAAUAGAAUUACCAGAGCAAUUGGUAUUCCAAGCCACGAUUGAGUUUACAGAUGUAUUUGGGAACAGAUGGAAACGAGUCAUCAACUUGUGCAUAGGGACAACAACAGAUCUGGAGGAGGUGGUGGAUAACGUGGAUUGGUCUGUUUGGGUAGGCUUUUGGGGGAGAUUUGAAGUUUUUCAUGCCGUUCGAGAGAAAUAGAUGCAGGUAAUCUUAUGUUAGGUGUAGAAUAGUGUCCUAAAAACAACUCACUGUUAAAAUUUUUAGACCUCCCACUUUUUGAAGCUGACAGAUGUGCGAGUUCGAGAAGGUCAGUGGACAGUGGUGGAGACAAGAAAGGCAUUGAUGAGGGCGUUGGUGUUUAGUUUGUCAUCGAUCAGAAGAAGAUUUGGCUCGGAUAUAAAACAAACUUCAUUGUUCAUACCACCAACCUUCAGACCCUGCCCAUUGGUACAACAUGCGAUCGCCAACAACUUGCAACUCUUUCCAAGUAAGGGUUACUUGGGUUUUGGGUUGAUUUGUAUUCAUAAAAUAGGUUUUUUGAUCAGAAUUUGCUUCGAGAGGAAGCACAGAAUUAAUUGAACUACCUAAUAUUAAAAUUUAAUGUUUUGUGGAAUUGAAAAAAGUUUAAAAAACAAAAAGUAAUGACGGUUUAAAUUUAAAAUCAAAUUUUUCAGCGAAAACCCCAAAGCAAGAUGGCUACGCCUUCCACUACAUGAUACUGUCGAGGAUGACUCCAAAAGAGGUGGUUCGUUUCGUGCUCCCAAAAGUCUACCGAAUGGAUGUUGUGCAUCACCUAGAGGACAAUUUGGAUCCAUCUCAAAUCCGAAAGUAUUUGGUCAGACCAGCGAAUUACUAUCUAGAGGAAAGGAACCUGUAUUUCAUCGAGAAUGGCAUCAACGGCUAUUUGUGGAUCGGGACGAACGCUAGCGAGGAGAAGCAGGACAAGUACUUGGCUCUGAAGGACGAUGAGGAAUUGACUUCAAGGCAGACUGUGAGUUAUGAGGAGAUGAGGAGGUUAAGAUAUUUUCUUUGACAGGAGGCACACAAUUAUUUGAACAACCUAAUAUAAUACUUUUAAAUUUAAAAUUUUGUAAAAUUUAAAUGAAAUUUGUUUCAGUACAUGAUCCGUAAGAACGAAACCCAAGAAAACAAGUUUAUUCACGACGUACUGGAAUACCUGAACAAGGACCGACCCCGCAGACUGUCGGUCCAAGUGACACGAAGCUACUCAUCUACUGUCUACACUGCUGAAUCCCUACUGGUCGAAGACGAACACACACUCGAAGUCCGAAGUUACUCACGGUACUUACGCGAGAUUCACACCAAUAUCCAAAUGAUGACGAUGUGA